AGGGAGGGAGAGAGAGAGAAAGAGAAAAGAAAAAUAAAGAGGUGAGAUAGGAAUCGUAGCGAGCGGGGAACGUAAGAAAGAAGCGUCGUGCAUAGAAGGAAGAGAAAGAAAUAAAAGUGGAAAAGGAAGGUGAAAAAUAGAGAGGAAGAGUGGAGCGAGAGGGAAAGGGGAAGGGAAAAAAGGGAGAGAAAGAGAGAAAGUACGUUGCGAGGCAUGCUGCAUGGUCUCGCCUGAACAAAGGAAGGCUCCCUCAACCCGAGGGUCGUUUCCGAUCGACGAACCGUCGGUCCCCCUUCGUUUGCCUUCGGCGCGCCUCGUGCGGUGUGUCUGGUAAAGGCAGCAAACGGUCAGUCACGCAGCAGCGGCCGAGCCGUGAGGAACGAAGAACGGAAGAACCAGAGUACUACGAACAUCGAAAGGAAAAGCGUGCAUCGGUGCACCGGCUUGCCGGUGAAAACAAAGAAAACAGGCAAACAGCGAGAUAAUAUCGUGCUCGCCCUACCGGAAGUUAGUUGGCGACGAUUUCGCUUUUAAGUGGAGAAAGUGGAGGAAAUUUGCCGUUCCUAUCAAAAUCUUUUUUACCGAAAUCGGCUCGGUUUUGUGUACGUUGCAAAGUCGUUCUCGCGUAUCGUUUCGCUCGAAAUCAACGCCGAAACUCGACCUAAGUGCUAAACAAAUACGGCGUCGUUCGCGCGUGUGUAUUUUUCAAGGUGCUUUCGUUCUCGCGUUCCGAAGCCUGUGGGUCGAACGAAAAUCUCGAACGGCGACGGACAAAAAAUUGGACUUUCCGUUGGCAAUUUUGUGCGCGCGUAGUUAACCUAACCGGCAACCUAAUCUAACGACCGUUGUGUAAGGGUAGGCGCGCAAUUAUCCGCGAUUAAUCGUCACGCGUACGUGUCGACAAACCGAUCUUGAUGCGCGUGUCACUUGACCGUGCUAAAUGGUGGAACAGAGUAGCUGAAUAAAGGACGAAAGUGACUACGAGAUACAUCUUUCCUCGAUUAUAGUACGCCGGCUCUUCGUUUGCCUUUAUUUUUCCUCCUUGCUACGUUUUUGUGUGACAUGUGCCACGAGUACACGGUGCUUGCUUGAAUCGAAGGAUUCUUUGAUCGCAAAGCAGUAUUCUUCCGUUCAACUACGUACGGAUUACUCUCGUAUUUACGGUGAGUGAGUCCUGCACUGUUGUUGAGAGGUGUUGCUUGGAAACGAUAAGUUUGUGAGAGCCUAUAUGCGAGAUCUACAAAGCUUAUGCAUUGAGGGGAUGCCGGUUGACUGAAGAUGGCCUCGCCGACACUCUCGCUGGAAUCGCGCGCGAAUUCCAUCGGAUCCCUAGCCUCGCUGUCCCCGCUUACGGUGAGCGGCAGUUCCCCGCCUGCGAGCGACUCUGCGAUCUGUGACGUCGACAGCUGCGACCUUUGCCUCGACUCGCAGAAACCUGGAGAGGCACCCUGUCCGCGGUGUCGAUUAGGAGGCGCCGGUGGAGUUCGUUGUACCGGUUGCAAGUCCACAGAAUCCGACGCUGUAGCUCGUUGCUUCGACUGUGCGAAUUUCCUCUGCCCAAACUGCGUGAUGGCGCACCAAUUUAUGCACUGCUUCGAGGGCCAUCGCGUGCUCAAUCUAGGCGACUCGAAGCUCGAGACGGUGACCACCAGCUCCGCUACCACCGAACUGCCGAAGAACAAUCUGGUGAUCAAUCUUCAUGCCAGCGGAAACAGCGAAAAAGUACCUUACUGUCCCCGGCACAAGCAGGAGCAGAAAUACUUCUGUCGUACUUGCACAGCGCUAGUGUGCAAAGAGUGCGCCAUUGCCGACCAUCCUGGCCCGUUGCAUGACUGCGCGCACAUCUCCGAGGUAGGGACGCAGCAGCUGGAGGCGAUGGCACGAGUGGUUCAGGAGUGCAAAGCGAAAGCCGCGGACGUGAGAGCUGCCGUGAAGGCAGCCGACCACGGCGCAGCCCGACUACAAGUGCAGUAUCACAAGGCGCAGAACGAGAUCAACGAUACUUUCCAGUUCUAUCGAUCGAUGCUGGAAGAACGUAAGCAGGAACUGCUGAAGGAGCUGGAAUCGGUCUUCUCCACCAAACAAAUAUCACUGGGCGUUCUGACGCAGAAAGCCAACGACAUGGCCGACAAGAUGCUGCAGACCUGCGAGUUCGUCGAACGACUGACCAAAUAUGCCACCGUUACCGAAGUGCUGAUGGUGAAGAAGCUUCUCGACUCGAAGCUACAGCUUCUGCUCAGUUACACGCCGGACAUCGCCGGUCAGACUGCCGAUCUCGAGUUCGUCAGCAACUACCAGGCCAUUCAGGUAGGCGUGCGAAACACGUUCGGCUACGUUCGAAGCAACAACGAGAGCAACGCCGGCCCGAUUGGCAAACAGCCACCCAUCGCUCGACCAACGGCGAUGUCGAACAACGGGAACGGCGGAAGCAACGGCAACGGCGGAUCUAGUAGCAUCGGGACUCUGGGAGGUUUGCUCCUGGAUCGAUCUUACAGCAACGGCCUGAUAUCCUCCGGUUCUACCUGCGCCUCGUCCACGUCGCCAUCGUCCUUCGAGUCCAACAGCACGGUGAUUACGAAGCGUUUCAGCUCGGCCAACAGCCUAGGCCCGUUCCCCGCCACAAUCAGCGAUCUCAGUUUGAACGGUAUAAACGCGAAUCCUUAUGAGAAAUGGAGCAACGGAGGCAGCGACGCGUUUCCGGUGGUGUCCACGAACGACCACUUUCCAAUGGCUACGUCCGUCGUUGUGGCAGCGAACGCCGGGUCCAGCGACUCCGUUCUAGACCUGACGUCGAAACUGAUGUCCGCCUCGGUGAUAUUCCCACCAAAGUCGCAGAUCAAGCGACAGAAGAUGAUCUAUCAUUGCAAGUUUGGCGAGUUCGGGGUAAUGGAGGGACAGUUCACCGAGCCGUCCGGGGUUGCGGUGAACGCGCAGAACGACAUCAUCGUGGCCGACACGAACAAUCAUCGGAUCCAAAUAUUCGACAAAGAAGGCAGAUUUAAAUUCCAAUUCGGCGAGUGUGGAAAACGCGACGGUCAGUUGCUGUACCCGAACCGAGUGGCCGUGGUGAAAACGUCCGGCGACAUAAUCGUUACCGAACGCUCGCCGACCCAUCAGAUACAAAUAUACAACCAGUACGGUCAGUUCGUGCGUAAAUUUGGGGCGAACAUCUUGCAGCAUCCGCGCGGUGUAACGGUCGACUCGAAGGGACGCAUAGUCGUCGUGGAAUGCAAAGUGAUGCGCGUGAUAAUUUUCGACCAGACCGGCAACGUGCUUCAGAAGUUCGGAUGCUCGAAGCACCUGGAGUUUCCAAACGGAGUGGUGGUGAACGACAAGCAGGAGAUCUUCAUCAGCGACAAUCGCGCGCAUUGCGUGAAGGUGUUCAAUUACGAGGGCGCCUAUCUGCGACAGAUCGGCGGAGAAGGGAUCACCAACUACCCGAUCGGGGUAGGGAUCAACGCCGUCGGCGAGAUACUGAUAGCAGACAAUCACAAUAACUUCAAUCUGACCAUCUUCACUCAAGACGGUCAACUGGUUUCCGCUCUCGAGAGCAAGGUCAAGCAUGCCCAAUGUUUCGAUGUGGCUUUAAUGGACGACGGAUCGGUCGUGCUAGCCAGCAAGGAUUAUCGACUCUACAUUUAUCGUUACGUACAAGUACCGCCGAUCGGCAUGUAGACCAGCGACAAAUCACGACGCCGACAACGAUCGUCUGUCGUCGUUUUCAUUGUUGUCGUUGUCGUUGUCGUAGUCGUAGUCGUUGUCGUUUUUAUCGCCAUCGUUUCAACGGCCACACAGCCACGAUCUCAUGGAUCUUUUUUUACUUACACUUGCCUAUCUUCUUCUUCACCCACCUACCAUCACCGCUCGCGCUCACUUAACCUAUCCAUCUUCGCCCGCUCGAACCACCUCACUUCCGUUUACGAAACUCCGAUUACGAGACGAAACAACAAGAUGCAAGCGUACGCGAGCGAACACGCGUUGACCCGACAGCUGUCGAAAUUUCAGACGAUGACAGGCCUUAUUUACACGGACAUGGGCGCGUACGCGCGUGCGACCAAGCUGCGCGCCGACUAGACGAUAACCAGCGAACGAGUUACGUUACGUUCUCUGUCGCUUUCGGACAGGCGUGACGUCUUUCACGCGGGUACGCGCUUCGGACGAUUAAACGCGACGAUUAAACGCGACGAUUAAACGCGACGAUUCUUCGGACGAGGAUUCGAGGGUUUGACGAGAGAAAAAAGACGGGAAAGAAACCGAUGGUGAAUUUAUGGAAACUCGUAGGGCACUCGACAGCGAAUGGGCGCUUCGUGACACGCACGCGUGCAAAUCUCUUGAAAACGCGUACGCGCACGUGUAUCAGAUGCUCGUACGAAAUGGAGAAACGCAGGCGAGUUUGGAACGCCGAUUUUGUUGCGUGCGGAACGUAGCCGCGCGCGCAUGAAAAAUGGAAAGUCACACGAGACGUGUAGACGCAUACACGCAGAAAAAAUUACUUGUUAAUGUUGUUAUAACUGAAAAUACUGUUGUUGUUGUUUAGUUGUAGAGCUCGCCGCCGCUAGUCACUCCAUCCUCAACCUCACCACCCUAACUCUCAAGCCUCUCCCAUUUUACUCCCUAUCUGUCAGUUCUUGUCGGUUACGUCUCCCUUUUCCCAUCAAAAAAAAAAAAAAAAAAAAAAAAAAAAAAAAAAAAAAAAAAAACAGGGUGCAUCAGUUUCUGUAACAUCGAAACUUUGUCGGAACGUUCCAUGGAUCUAAAUAGGAACACGAUGUUAGGUAAACAUGGAUCGCUUAAAACUUUGUCGAAAAGUUACGACGAAAAUACGAGAUACUCGCGGUUCGCAAACGCAAACGGAUCACCCACGUCUCGGUCCGUUUAUGGGAAUUACGUUUACGAAGUUUCUGUCCGAGAUAAUGGUAUAAUCGCACUUAAGUUUUUUUUUUUUCACAAUACAAAAUCGAGAGCAUUCGAAGAUGGUAAUUGUCGAUCUGCCGAUUUUGUUUUUACCUUUAUUUUCGUUUCGCUUCGCUUCGAUAGUAAAAAAAAAAAAAAGAAAAGUAUUUUCUCGUAACCUUUGAACGAGCUUGUUAAACCAUCCAUGGUUGUACCGUAUCUAUUCCUUAUAUAGACACCCAAUCAUAUUGAAUAUUUGAAGCUUGGCCGUUAAAAUCCGGGACACCGGAGAUCCGUUCAUACCCUUGUUCACACUUCCCAUUCUCCGCUUCAUUCUCCUUUCCGUCAAUUUCCUGAACAAAAACCGCGAGGUGCGUUAUGUUUCUGCAUGUAUCUUAGUCGAAUCGUGCUAACGAUUGAAAUCGGGACUGAAACUCGGCUUGAACUCGGCACUCCACGAACACCGCCGUUCAGUCUCGUUCGUUUUCUUCCAACCCAGAGCGAUAGGAUUUUUCCAUCGACUUGGCCGAUUUACGGACGAAUCGACGCCUGCGAGAGCUUGUUUCGUCGCUCUCUCUCUCUCUUUCUCUUUUUUCUCCUCUCACAUGCAUACGUAAUUGGAAAAUAACGCGGAGUACUCAAUCGAUGCCUUUGCACUGCCUCGGAUUACUCGUUGAUCCAAGGGCGAUGAUAAUCGACAGUAUCGAUCAGUAUCGAACGCUGUCAAGGCUUGUCCCGUUCUUUAAGCUUUCGCAAGCCUGUGAACUUUGAAGACUUUUCCUCUUUAACGACGGACAAUGCUGCAUCGACUUUUCCAAAUCCUCUUAUCCUUACGUGUCGUUCUCUUUUUCCCCUCUUUUAAGGUGGUUAAGCAUAUGUUCUUUUUAUAUAUAUAUAUAUUAUAUUGUAUACAUAUUUAUAUGUAUGUGUUUCUUUUUUUUUUUUUUUCAUAGUAAUUAACGACAACUCCGACGAACAUUCGUCUUAAGAUACGGUAUUUUAAGUACGACAUUGACGACAGUCGAAGUUUUGUUCACUUAAUCGACUCUUCUUACCUUUGUUUCUGGAUCGUUUUCCUCGAGAACUUUCCCUUUUGUUUUCUUUUAACGCACCUUUUCCUUCGCGUAUUGCUUUAUUUCGUUUCUCUUAUUAACCCUGCUCGUUGCAAAUAAGACUGUCUCGAAGAAACGUUCAGCGUAAAAUUCGUCGACGACGGACGAUUCUUUCGUAUUUUGCUCAGACUCGAGACUAUGUUGGUUGAAGGUUGAGAAGAGCACGAUAGGAUGAAAAGUGUGGAAGCGCGGGAGGAAGAAAAGAGAAGCGCGGCAGGGUUAAACACACGCGGAUAAGCAACGCGUACGAUUUAUGUUUUGAUUUUGACGAUGGUGAGGUCGAGAGGCCGCCUGCCUGAAGGACGACGAAAGGUUGCGAAGAGAGAGCGUGCGCGCACGCGAAAAAGACUGACAACUUGGUUCUUCUCGUUCCUCGGUUCAACCUUCGUGCAGCCAAAUCAUUCGCGUUUCCAUGAAAUCGACGAAUGCUGGACAGACGCGCGCCAUCUUCUCGUUUAACUUGAUCUCCCUCUUCGGGGCAGUCUUCUAAGGAUGUUCGAUGGACGUCCUCGACGUCCUCAAGCAUGUCCUUGAAUAUUACGAUCGUUCGAUGAAAAACGGUAAGAAAUCUGUAGAAAACAGCUGUUUCUCAGUCGCUCUUGAACAUUUUUAUUUCAUUUUGCUGAAUAGAACCGUAGUGGUGUUACGCUGUAGCGAGUAGCCGUAGUGAAUCGUAGCGAAACGAUGUAACGAGUCAUUUGCUCGCUCCUGUUCCUCUCUGCAUCGUUUCAUUCGCACCGUUUCCUUCUCCACGACGUGUUGUGAUUCAGCCAGAAACGAUUCCUUCCUACCCUAAAUGCACCUGUACCACCGUCAUUGCGAUCCAUCACACCGUUACGAUUACCAUCACCGUCGUGAUCACCACCACUAUCACCGAUACUAUCACCAAUACUAUCGCCAAUUACUUUCCUCUUUCGAGUAUGUUGGUUUCUUUUCCUUUAGUAUAAUCGAUAAAAACGUGUGUUACGCUAGUAACCUUUUUUUAAUUUGAAUGUAUAGUAUUAAUAUAUUUUGUUGGAUGAAUCGAUGAUGAUGGAAACCUCGCGCGAGGUUCUGUCACGCGACUUCAUGCAUGUUUACUAUUACAAAUAUUAUUAUUUUUAUUAUUAUUAUUAUUAUUAUUAUUAUUAUUAUUAUUAUUAUUGUAUGUAUGUAUGUAUGUUUGUAUGUAUGUACCUACGUAUUAUUAUUAUUAUUAUUAUUAUUAUUAUUAUUAUUAUUAUUAUUAUUGUAUCAUUUCUAUGUUUAUCUAUUCAUUAUUUAAGCACCAAACUAUCAGAUGCCGUGAGAGCGUUAUAAUUCUUGAAGCAUAUCUUUGACGAUUGAAUAUACCUAACCAUUUUCUGAUAGCGUGUCAUUGGAUAUGUAACGAGGUUAGCUGGCGUCCCUCGGUGUCGAAAAGUACAAAACUAUGAAUUACGAGGAUCUUCGGAGACGUCGUCAAUUUUCUUAUUCGAUACGAGCUAUUCGCGGGAGUCGUACGAUCAGGUCGCCCGGAAGUUGCGGAAAGCCUGAAAGUCGGUCCGCAAUUUUCGGCAUAUCGAUCCAGCCGAUACGACGUUGAAUGGAAAAUUUGUUAAAUCGAUAGUCUUGUUAUAUUUCUCUUUAACUGGUUUGAUCGCCGUGUUGAUUCAAACGGGCAUAUCUGACGCGGUAAAAUGACUUUUGGCGUCUGCCGGGUAAUUAAUUUUACACGUGUCUCACAUACAAACUGUCGUCACGGCCUUGUCGUUUCAAAAGUAUCCGAUCUUUAUCAAAAUUUACUGAUUUUUUUUUUUUUAUUUUCGGUGUUGCAGUGACACGUACGGAACAAGUAAAUGUUCGUAACUCGACCUAAACUUGAAAUUGAAAUGAAACGUUGCAAGCGUUUUCGCAUUACGUAGCAGACAGACGACAGUCGAUUUAGGCGACAGUUGCAGAUACGCCCUUUUGAUACGACACGGUGGUGCUAGUUUCGUAUAAUUUCGGAUUUCUCGUCCAACUAAAUCGAUGUCACCUACUUGCUCGCUCAUGAAAUUUUCGAAACGUUCGAGAAUUUCGAAUGAAAUUCGGUAUAUUGACAAAUUAGAUGGAAAUUGUUAGAUGGUACUUAGAAUUCGUCGAUAAAUAAUACGCGAGUUCGUUCGUAUUCUAGUUCAUUAAGUUUGAACGACGAAUAUCUUUUUCUUUGAAUAGGAAAUCGUUAUCGUUAAAAAUCAUCGUAUUUUCCUUAGUCUAUCUAUUUCGUAAUUAAUUUGUAACACAAUACAUAUUAGCAAGUUGUUAUUGAAAUAUUUUGCGCUGUGAAACAGGUUGUGCCGUCUUAAAACUUGUUAAACUUCUUUCGUGUGUGUUUUCAUAGCAAUCUACGGUGGAAUCGUAUUAAGGCAAUGAUAUCAGUGAGAGGAAGGAGGAAAGUUGUGGAAAGUUGAUAGAAGAUCCUUGAUAAUUCGUCGUCGUUAUAUCGUUCGCUAUUCGAAUCGAGGUCCUUACAGGUUCACUCUUAACAUCUUCACGCCAGACACGCGCUCGGUCAUAAGCGACCAACGUUCUUCCACUGAAUCGUGCAAUUCGGUUGACUCUGCCGCGAUCCUCGCACUAUUUGUCCGCUUCGAUCUCGCUCUCGCCUCGGCGGACGAAAAAAGAAUUUCUUUAACGUUUUGGAAAUUGAAAGGUCGUUAUUACCGGUUAUUAAAACAUACCGAUAGGAGUCGCGUCUCGUAUUCUUGUCCGAUUGGCAGGAAGAUACUUUUUCAAUGUACUUUUCGUUAAAAAGAUGGAAUCGGACCGUGAAUGAACGAAAAAGCGCAGCAGGGUGAAUUUCUCUCUCCUGUUCGUUCGGAGCUACGAUACCGUAGAGUCGACGGCGCUUCAUCGAGUUCUUUGUCGAGACUUUUGACUGGACGAGAGGAGACGGCGUGACCGAGCUACGCGGAUCUGCCAGACGGAAGAACAACAAAAGUAUCGAUUCGAUCGGCUAUUGGAGCAAUUACGAUCGGACAAUUAGAUUAGAUUUUUAUCGUCGUGUACAUCUGCAGUAUUCUAGCUAAUUUUUCAGCGACGGUAUGCUAGACACAGGGAUAGAAACGGAAGUAAAAACGAAGUUAGGAGCAGCAUAGAGAGAAUCGAGGAAAGGGAUAACUGGUUGAGAUACAUGGAAAUUUUCACGUUAUUCCGUAUUGAAUACCUUACUGCCAAAAAAAUCAUCGACAUUUCCUUUUCGUACGGUUCUCUUUCAUUUUUCAAUUACUUCUCGCCUUUGUAUUUCUUCUCGUCUUUCCACCUUUCUCUUUCGGUGAAAACGACGAAGAGUCGAAACAAUCACAUCGGACUUUCUUCUUUACUAGAGACAAAGUACGUAACAAUUUAUUCCAUUAAGAUCUGCAUCACAAGGUAUCUGUCCAUUAGUAUUUAAAUCGCGUAUUCUUGUUUCGAUUCGUAGUUAUUAAUAUUAUUACUCGUAUUACUAUUAUUUUUUUAUUUUAUUAUUAUUAUUAUUAUUAUUAUUAUUAUUAUUGCAAUUAUUAUUAUUACUAUUAUUACUAUUACCGAUUAGUUAUUGUAUCAUUAAUAUUAUUAUUACCGCGUACACUAUAAUAUAAUAGUAUGGCUGUAGAGAAAAAUGAAAAUCGGAACGAGACGAAUGCCACCUUGCCAGCUAGCCAUCACUACCACUGUUUUUCCCUUCCGUUACUCAUAGCAUCCUUCGAGAAAUACGAACGAAAAUGAAAAAAAUGGUAUACACUUCGAUAUUUCCAAAGUGAGGAUCGAGACGUACAUGUAUGCGUGUGUGCCUGAGUGUUUUCUUGUAUGCGCGCGCUCUUUGCAUCCGAAAGAAGCGGUACCGAAGCACAUAAAGAAAAACGAACAUGCGACUCUCUCUCCUUUUUUUUUGUACUGGUUUGUUAUGUUAUUUUUUUUUUUUUUUAACGAUACAACCCGAUUGUUCUUAAUUUAAAUUGUAAAUCGUAUUUUUGUUUGUUUUUUUAGUUAUUUUUUGUUGUAAAAUGCUUUUUAAUAAUAUUUUCAGUUCACAUUACACCGACAACUGUCAGUUUUUUGUCUCACUUUAUUUCUUCUUACUCUCGCUCGCUUCUCCGUACCUUCUUUCGUCCCCGAAAACACACCACUUGUGUACCUUUUUUUUUAUUUACGCUUCAUCGUUCCAACACCCAACUAUACGUACACGCGUGAUAGAAUCUUAACCCUGUUGCGUUCUUUUGCCCAUUAUCGGCCCAUUUGUGUUUUCCUAAUGUUAUUUGCCAAUUCUUAUCAAGUAGCUGUCUAUCUUUAAGGGCAAUAUGAAGAAAUUGUUGUCGGUAUACGUCGGCGCUUCACAACUUUCUCAACUUUUCCCAUGUGCUAUCCUACUUGUAAUACAUAGAAAGAAUGUACAAGAUAAAACGAUCCUUUGUUAUAUCUCUAAUUUUGUUACUCGUAGUCGCGUGUUGAGACAAAAGUAAAUUUAUUACACACCGACGAGAUAAACCUGCUCGUUCGUUUUUCCAUCGACAACCGAAGCUCGACUGAAUAUUCGAUAUAACGUUUCCCACGGUUAAUCGAUAUUUUUGAUUUUACGAUCGACAAUGAUUAUCGCUGAUCUGCUACAACGACCUAACUAAAAACUUGUAGUUUUUGAGUUGCCGGUAUAAGAGAAACAAUCGUUCCUUGCGCUUUCUAUCGGUAGAGUCGUCGCUAUUCGUAUCGUCACGAGACUAUAACAGUUCGGAACACUUAAACGCGUUUUCCCUAAAGUCGUGAAUUUUGCGUCAUUGUUGCAGAAAAUGAGCGAUAUAUAGUAAGAAACGUUAUAAUCGUGUCGAAGGACAUUUUAGAAAUUGAUUUAAGCGAUUUUUUCAAAUGCUGAUAUUCUAUAUCUAUAUCGAUUGAUAGCUCGAUGAAUUCAUUAACGACAGAUGGUUGACAUCUUCCAUUCGAUUGAUAUGUGACAGAUGGACAAAUUUUCACCACCCCGUAACUCCGUUACGCGACCCAUAAGAAUAUGUAAGAAGCUCUGCUAUACUCGAUUGUUUGUUACAUAUUUUCUUAAGACGCGAACAAUAAAAUUAAAGAAUAGAAAUUCCACGAUCGUGGCAGGGUUGAUCAAAAUUUCGUGAAACAUUUACGAUUUCAUAACUGUCACUUUUACCGAUACAACCGACGUCGGUUCACGAUUUGUUAAAUAUUUUGAUUAUACUUUUAUAAAAAUAUAAUAAAUUUUCACAGAAUGAAACGCAAGAUAAUUUAUUUUCAUUGUCGGAAUUAUCUUCGACUAAUACGAAUUGUAUAAUUGUCAAAGAGGAAACAUUUCAAGACCUUUCUGUUCCAUUUUUCCAUCGAACGAAAUAUCGCGCGUCACCGCUGUAACGUUAUUUCUUACUAGAAAUUCGACGCGAUCAUAAAACUAUUCUAUCGUAUCAAAACAUUUGCUUCUUUUGCCUUCUGCACGAUAAAUCCCUCCCCAUCCUAUUUCCUUAUUUCUUUCAAUAUCUAAGUUUAGUUAAAUCCCGUUGCGAAACACAUUCCUCGAAAACUCCAGUAGAAACAUUCCAUUUUAGUAAGAGAUUAGUUGAUAUAUAUAUAUAUAUAUAUUUUACGAUCAUAGUUUCUAAUAUCGUUUAAAAACACGUCUUCGUUACAAAAUGCAAUUCGCCAGCUGGAUCGUGCUGCUUUUCCACGCUUGUUCCUCCUUUUACGAAAAUUUGAACGAUUCGAAAAAUCGGACAUUCUCAAGUAUCAUCGACUGCGUAUUUUUGUAAAAUAAAUAAAAAGAGCGACCCAAAAACCCAGGGUUCUUUACGUCUAUUCUGGGUCCUAUAAUUUUACUAUUGAUUUUUGUGCCAAUUAUUAUUCAGUUUCUAACUUUUCACGUUACGAACAUCGGUCCUUGUGUCUUACGAAGAUUGGAACAUUUUUUGAUAUUAAACGUUACUCGAUAUGAUAUCCAAGUUCAAAAUUCGUCGUUGACGUAAUUUUCUUCCACCUCCCGCGUCUCAGAAACUAAUGAUGAAAAUUCAGUUCCAAAAUCGUGGCAUUAAAAUUGAGUGAUAAAAUUUGCGAUUCUUUGGGUCAUUGGCACUGCUUCUUCAUUCGUCAACUACUUCACUUUGGAUAUUUUACAUAUUUUUGCAUAUUGUACACCGUGUGCGCUCUUGCGCCUUCAAAUUUCUCAUAAAUUUAUAAAAAUCCGCAGUCCGAUCGCGAGAAAGCAUUCCUAAAUGUCAUUAUUAUCGCGAGAAAAGAGAUUUUUUUUUUUUUUUUUUUGUAUUCGACGAGUGAGUUGAAAACUUUUUGAAGGUUAACGAUGAAAGGAAAGAAAGGAACGAAAAUGAUACGAUUACGACGGAAAGAUGGAGCGAGAAUUAUUUGUAACGAAGACAUUGCUUGUGGCAUGUACUUAGUACCAGAUGUGUGUUUUCUCAUUAUUUUUUCUUGCACGCGACGAAUUUCUGCGCGGAAUUCGAUCUUAAGUUUUCAUUCGUCGUACAGGAAGAGAACGACUCGAGAGAACUGCAGGCCUAAAUUUAAGAAACCAAUAGACGCCAAACUUUAUUUGUCGUUAAUAUUCACGACACGACUUAAACGAACAAACUGAAGGCUAAACCAAGUGAAAAUUUUCAACUUAUUCGAUUGGAAAAUUUACGGACUACGUGUCUAUAAAAUUUUUAAUUAGGGGAAAGUUCCCUAUAUUGGACCGUUUAAGAAGGUACAUCGAAAACGUGUUUAUAGCUUUGAGCAGGAAAAUUUGAGAACAAUUUUAGCAUUGUAAGCGAUGCACAUACAUCUGAUAAAAUAGCUUGAAACGCUAUUAUGGCUAAUUGGAAAGACGUAUUUUCGAAAUAGCGUCGAUGAUUCGAUGUUUGAAGUCGAUAUCCUAAAUUGGACCAUGUCUAUUAUUCCUUUAUUUUGGAUAAGAACUUUAUAUUUAGAAAAGAAUACUUAUAUCCUAAGAAAGAUAAAAAAUAACUCUAAAAACUGAUACGCGUUUGAAGAAAUAAUCAAUCGUUGUUAGUACAGCUCGAAUGGAACCAUUUCUUACGAUGAAUCCGCUCUUCUACCACAACUGAUUCAAAGGAUUGCAAACAACCAAACAAUACGAAUGUGAUCUUCAUCCUCUUCAUCCUCCGAUUCACUCGAACAAUCCUGUACCAUAAUCCGUUUCUUUUUUGAAAUGUAGCGGCUAUGACAGUUUCAACGGAAGCCAGCUUUUUCUGUUUCUGGAAUUCCACUUUAGCCAUAGCUCGAAUAUCCUUCUUAUCGUCGGAUCUACGUUUUCGCGUAACUUUUCGUACAUUAUAUCCCCCAGCUAUUUCGUUUAAACCUGCGAUAUCAUUUUUAUACGCCGUUAUGGCCCCUUUCAUAGUUCUUCGUCCCAUUUCCCAUAUCUUUCGCACACUGAUUUUUAUCCUUAAGAAAAGAAAAACGUCCCGCAAUUUACUCCAGUCUAACUCGAGGACCAUUAGAUGUUUCAAUUUUAACGUGCACGUGCGACGAAGAAAAACCAGUAAAAGUAUCGGAUAAACGUCGUGAUAAUAUUAAAGAUGUGACUCUUUUAAGAAAAUUAUAUUCCGAAGAAUCCAAAAUUUAUCUACCAGACAAAAGUUACAGUUUGUACGAACUAGGGACGGAAUCACAUCGGCCUACAUGAAAAUAAAGCAUUCGUCGCACUGCAGCUAUUAUUCAUUCUUUUGUUUCAAUGCUGUUACUAAGCAACGUGUAAACUAUAAUUUUCGUAAGACAACCUCUAUGUGAAUAAAGACUAUGGUCCAAUUUAAGAACUGUCGGGUGGUUCGGUUUAAGGAACUAACCCAGUCUUAACGUUUACGUGUAAUGAACAGGAGCUAGUACUCGUAUCGGAUAAACGUGACGAUGAUAUUAAAUUAAAAUGAGCCCCCUAUAUAAAAAAUUAUAUCCAUGAGAAUUCAUAAUUUAUCUCGCUCGGAAGUAACGACUUAUAUGAAGUAAAAGCAGAAUUACAUCGGCCAGCAUCGAAACAAAGCAGUCACCACACUGCAGGCAGCAUGUGAACGGUAACUGCAUGCGAAAAAAUGUCACUUGAGACAAUGUCUGUGCGAGCGAAAGACUAUGGUUCGAUUUAGGAUCCGAUUCGAGUUAGGGAACUUUCCCCUAUUUUUCGAAUAGACCAAUUCAAGAUACAAGAAACUCUUUAUUAUAUAAAUCCUAGUUGGAUAAUUCAUCAUAUAACUUGCUAUUGGCAUCAAAUUAAUGAUUACCGAUCAAUCAAAUGUCCACAAACUUCUGUCCAAACUUGAUGAAUCCUUUACUUCGCUCAAAAAGCUGCGUUUCUUUUUUGCCUAUUCUCGUGUCCAUUUCAUAUUGCAAUUCCUAACGCUAAAUCCUGACGCUACAAAUAUUCCACGAUUGAAAAAUAAAUUUCCAAAUUUCCUUGAUGCCCUCUGGUCCCAUGUACUUGUACUUAAAAAAAGUGCAUUUCUAUCGUAAAGGAAGAAGGAAUAAUUUCAAAUCCAUUCAACGAUAUGAAUGUGUCGCGCUGCUACGAUGCUUUUCAAACGCCAUAAGUUGAUCGAUACGAGUAUUUCUACUUUCCACUGGCUUUGCAAAGGAUGAGGAUCGUCGAACGAGAAGACAGUGAAAUGGUUGCGUAAGAAAUCGAACGAAACAGCGAACAGAGAUCUGGAAGUAAGAAGCAAUUCGCCAGAAACUUCACGAUGCUUGGCGGUAUCGAUUGCCGGAAGUUAAUAUUAAUGAAAAAAAAAAACAAAAAUAACGACUUUUUAGAUACCUAUAGCGGAUUGUAGAUGUCGCAUAAUAUAUAUUUUUGUACGUUCGCAAUGUGCGUAUUUAAGGCAAUCGCGUCGAAUAUCGUUGAAGACAGGCAGUCACGAGAGGGCAGAGAGAAAGAGAGAGAGAGAGAGAGAGAAAAAGUUUUCCUUCGUGACAGCAACAACAAGAAUCGUCACAUUCGUGAUUCUUCGGGAUUCAAUCGCGUUAUCGGUAGCUUUGUUCCGACGUCUCGUGAACGUUCUGGUUCGAUCGUUCGGGACAGUCCUGACGACGAUUCAGGAAGAAUCACGAAUACGUCAGCUGGUCGUCGGGAAAGUUAAAAAUCUGAAAAUCUAUGCAGAAAAUGUUACCGCGGUGAUUCUAAUUGAUCGCUUGAACUGGAAGAGAGGAGGAGAAAUAGAGAAGCGGCAGCAGUGCAAAGAAAUCCACCUCGACGAACGACGAUUAAUUUCCAAACGGUAGUAGCGGCGCGCGGCGACUCUGUACGUAAUCAAGGCAAAAAACGAAAAAAGAAAAAAAAGAAAAGAAACAAUGAAAGCAAAAAGUUAUACUCUCCCCGGGCCCAAGUAACGUUACUUUGUGAGAGAAAAACGAAAAGCUGAGAGACGACUAAAGUGAGAUGAUGUGAAAGUGACAUGCAAACUUGUCUACGUGUGUAAGAGAAAAAGAGAAAAAGAGAGAGAGAGAGAGAAGAACGAAAGAGACGAAAGAAACGUAUGUGUGCACGCGUGAAUGACAGAAAGCGAGAAACAACAUCGGGUGAGCCAGAUUGUACGAUUGGAGAGAGAGAGAGGCACUAUUUUUAACUUGAAAAAAAAAAAGUAAUUACUCCAAAUAUUGUUGCAUGCUUAGUUAUCGUAUUAUAGUCGGGAACGACGUUUUAACGCUAAUGAGGUAUAACUGAAUUGUAAGAAACGACAAACUGGAAAUCGGUCGGACAGCAGCGACGAGAACCUCCGUGUCGCGGCACGAUCGAUUUUUUUCUUAGACCGUAAGCGGUAUACACGUAUUAAUUACUAUUGUACACGUACGUCAUUACGAUUAUUAUUAUUACUAUUAUUAUUAUUAUUACCAUCGUCAUCGUUAUCAUUGUUAUCGUCAUUACCAUUACGCUACCAUCGUCAUGGUCAUUAAUUAAUCGCGUGAUUACAAUUGCCAUAACGGUACGUAGAUACACGCAGUGUACCCAUGGACGAUCGACGAUCGACGAGGAACAUUCUGAGAUCGAUCGAAGAACUUUCAGAAGCAAGAACAGUGUUCGAGAUACGGUGCCACGAGACACCUCCAACGUUCAUUAUUCCAUUAAAUCUUCGACUAUUUAUUCGAUGUUCUGCUCGGAGAAAGAUUUAAUCGUUUUCGACUUUAAAGCAUAGGACGUAACGUUUUGUUCCGAUCGAAUCGAGAUUCUUUGGUCGAGAUCUCAAGGAUUAUCGAAACGUGGGGGAUACCCAGCUACGGUGAUCGUCGGGCUCCAAGACCCGCGGAUCACCUGUCGCGAUCGGUUAGCAGGCGAUCGCCAGAUUGCCAAAUUGGCGACGAUGUCUCAAACUUUCAAGUAGGAGUCGUUGAGAAUAAGCAGGAACAAAUGGAACAGAAGCUCCCGGUUAUUACUAAAUAAAAUUCGGCAAACGUUGCCGAAAUUUACGAGAAAAUUAUGUAUAUCUCUUCUGCGAUGAAUUGCUGCAAUUAACCGGAAGAAUCGAGUUGUUAUCUAAGAGGAAAGGAAUUUUCUCUUGAUAAUUGUCUUAUUUAGUUACGUUGGUACGCGCUCUUUGCUAACGUUAUAUUCUUAUGUCAAAAUGAUCCUCUCUGUAAGUUCGGACCAACGUGGAGAAAUUUUUGAAAAGAAAUACAAAGUAAAUCCGAGUGCAAGAUUCUACUCUCGCCUAUUCUCAGCGAUUCGUAACUUUCGUUUUACCAACGUGGAAAGAACUAGAAAGAAACUGAACUCGUCUUUCCAAGAUACGAUAUAAACCUAUCCAUUGUAAAUUGGGCACAAUCCCCGAUUCCAAAGGAACCGCUUACGAUUUCGAAAGAUUGGUGGGGAUAUUUUUGAGCGUGCAGGUAUCCGCCAGAGAGAUACCAGGCGAAAAAGUUAUUCUUGUAUUUCGCGGCGAUGCAAAGUGUAUGAAAUUCUUCUGCGUUCUUCGGAAAAAGAGGAAAAUUGGGAACUUACAAAUCGUAGGGGCAUUCCGUUGCAAAAGCCGUUCUCGUGUAUUAAAGAGACCGUGUUACGUUCGUUGAGUGAUAAAUAGGCUAACGAAGAUUCACGAACGCGCACUAUUUUUCAAAGAUAGAGAUAUACCUUCGUGACCAUAAACUUACUUAUGGUGUACGCUGUUGGCACGCGGAAUAUGGGAAAAGUGAGAGAAGAAAAUUCUCAGUGAAACGGGCGGAUCGAGCGAAAGUACCGAGCAGCCAUCGCCGAUCCUUCGAUGAAACUGACAAAUCAAAAUAUCGUUUUCAUUCGCUCGCGCUCUUUUCAUCAAAGUUGCCCGACUAACGGGCAAACGAUACGAUUUUACUACUUUGUUGAACAAACGAGAACGCGGGUUCUCGCAAAGAUUCGAUAGUUGGCAUCGCGUAUGCAUCCAUCGAACGAUUUCGGCCUACUGUCCACGAAGCCUCGCUCCAUAGAGGCCUAAGUCCAGUCUUAUCGGACGCGACGACGCGUCCACGCCUUGUUCAGUGACACGUUUCGUCUCGUCGUUGGAACGUCGAGCGACGAGGAAGACGCUUUCAUCGUGCAUCGCUGCGUUACCCCUACUCCCACUGUUUUCCCCGCGCAUUCUCGAUCGAAUCGUAGAUCGAAGCUAUCGCGUAUCGACCGAAAAAUCGCAUGUACGAUUUAAGAUCACGGCAAAAACGAGUAACGACGAAGACGGUUCGCUGCUGUUUGCGUGGACAGCUGCGCGUUACUUGGCAAUGAUCGUUGCAUCGAAUCAUCGAGGAUCUGAUACGCGUCUAUGAGGCGACGCUGCGUGGACGGUGAGUCUCGUUGGUAGCCAAGCGGCUGUUGGUUGAACGCCACUCGCCAAACGGGUGGCACGAUAUUGUUUUCUGAGAAUGGGAGAAAAUCGGGCAACGAGCUCGUUCGUUCGCCUCGACGGUGGACCACCGAGCGUCGAGUCGUCGCAGACGAGGUUGCAAAGACGACGAAACCUCUUGGUCGGUCUCUGCGCUCGGUCUUUCCUCGUUGGAAGAAAGUUGAAAGAGAACGAAGAUAGGCAGAGGGAUGGAGAAAAAGGGUCGAGUAGGAUAACGUAGGAUCCGUUGAUUGUACAGCCAUGUAGCGCAGUGUGUGUUGUAAGUUAAGGUAUAUUUUGUAGGAUUAAAUGUCGAUCGUUUCUAACGUAAGUAAUACGAUAGCUUUGACAGGGGUGAGAAUGAGCGCGCGCGUUAUUAUACGUGUUAUACGCUAGUAGAGACAAAACGAUCUCCAGUAUUCCAUGAUGUGUGUAAUUGUGAUCGUUAAUCACUCCCCGCCCCCCUCCCCCCUGACGAUUUUUAUUUUUAUCAAACGAGACACGGUAGAACGAGGAGAGCUGAAAGGAUUAUCGUUUGCCGGUAUAAUUAAUCGGACUGGUGUCGAACGUUAUAUAAGGGGUUUUAAAAAGUUUGUGAUCGAGAAAGUAGGCUAGCGCAGCGUAGUAGAGAUAAAGGUGGAGUAGAAGGAACAUUGACAGAACUAUACGUAUUUACGAUACAUCCGCAGAGAACCGACUGUUGUUUCAUUGGCCAAUUUUUCUCGUGCCGCCCACCAUCUUGUUAUUUACUGUGUCGUAAGUCGUGAAUGAUAAACAAUACGUCUUGUACGAUUAAAAUAUCUAGUCUAUCUGGCCUCUCGGUAAUUUAUUAGUUGACGUUGCAUGCAAUGGAUAUUAUAGGUCGGACGAAAUCGAAGCAGCUCGGUUUCGUCGGAACAUCUAAGUCAUCGAAUGAAGACGUUCACAGGGAGACACGCAAUAAUACACGUACGAAAUAAAAAAAAGAUUACGUAUGACGUGGCAAAUGGAAUAGUAGAAUGGAGUAGUAGAAGAAAAGAGAAAGACUGGCAGCAAUUUCGUUGAUGGUUAGGGGACCGUUUUGCUGUUUCGUGUGUCGUUGUGACGUCAUCGCCCUCGCUAAUUGCCACAUUCUAAUCGCUAUUUAUUUAUUUAUUUAUUUAUUUAUUUAUUUAUUUAUUUAUUUACUUAUUUAUUUAUUUAUUUAUUUAUUUAUUUAUACAUUAUUAAUAUUUACAAGUAUCAUUAUAUUACUUCUAUCUAUUCUCGUAUUAUUGUCGUUUUUCUCGAUCAAAUAAUUUAUUAUUAUUAUCGAUACUAUUAUCGCCAAAGUUCUAUCACUAGUAUUGCUACUCUUAUCACUCUAUACACUGUUGCUAGCGAUAUCUUGGUAUCCAGUAUCAGCAAUACUCUCCAGACGUCAAUUCAUCAUUGACAUUUUAUUACUCUACUUUUAACGUAUUUAUCUCAAAAGUCUUUAUUAUUGCCAUUAUUGAUAUUGAUAUUAUUUUAUUAUUAUCGCCGUGAAUAUUUAUUUAUUUGUGUUUACUUGGUAUCGAUCUGCGAUAUCUUUUUUUAUCCAUAUCUUUUUGUACUUAUUACACACACAUAUAUAUAUAUAUAAAUAUAUAUGUCGUUACUUUACACGUAACAUUAACGAUUCUCUCGACCAUUACCGUCGUUAUUAACAAAAUCGAUGUGGUCAUUGUCAUCAUUAUUGCCAUUACUUUUGCUAGUCAUUGCGGUCGAUGUAAUUGGAUGAUGGAUGUUGCGAUCGCAGUCGCCAAUGAUUAUAUAUUAGCGUAUUCAUUAAAAUUUUGCAUAAAGUUCUACUCAUAUCUAUUUA